UUGCACGCCAUGAGGAUUGAACCCAUGACCUCCUUCUAUCCUACACCUUAUCUAACUCACCAACACCAUUGAGCUAUUCCCAAUGGAUAAAAUAAUAUUCAUUACAACCAAAAUUUGGGUAAUUAAUGUGCAUGUGUAAUUAAUGUGCAUAGGUGUAUAUAAGGGGACUUGUAAAUUAACAUGAUCAAUUGCACUACAACCAUACAAAGGUUCCCUUUGAAAUUCUAAAAAUCCCCAAUCACAAAAGUGAGCUCAAACAUCUUGUGCGCUGUGAUCAUGACCACACUUUCAGAAAAUGACCUUUUAACCGAUGACCAUAUCACUCCUAUCGACUUUGAAUCGAUAGACGGGUUUCCAGAAUCACAUUCAUGGCCUCAGUUUGAUGAAUCUUUGAACAAGAUUCAAACUCAUGAUCUUAAAGAUUCAUUGAUUCCGGUUAUUGAUCUUGCUAGUCCUAACGCAAAGACUCUUAUAAGUCAAGCGUGCGAAACAUGGGGCGUGUUCCAAAUUGUUAACCAUAGGGUACCCUUUGAGUUGGUCAAAAAGGUUGAGUCUGAGUCACGAAGGCUUUUUGCUCUUACGACUCAGGAAAAGUGCAAGGUUUUGAGAUCAGUCGAUGGAGCCACGGGAUAUGGUUCGCCUAAGCUAUCACCGUUCUUUGAUAAGCGUAUGUGGCAUGAAGGGUUCACCAUCAUGGGUUCUUGUGUUGAUGAUGCCAAGGUUCUUUGGCCACAUGAAUACCAAAGAUUUUGUGACACAAUGGAUGCUUACCAAAACCAAAUGAAACUACUUAUCCACAACCUCUUGCUCAUGAUCCUUGAACCAUUAGAUGUCACACAAGAAGAAAUGAAUUGGGCUAUUUCAGCUCAUGACUCCCAAAGUGUACUUCAACUUAACUCGUACCCGUCUUGCCCAAACCCUAGCCAAGCGGUUGGUCUUGCAUCACACACUGACUCACUUCUUUUAACCAUCCUCAACCAAUGUGGCGUUGAUGGGUUAGAGAUUUUUGUUGAAGGGUUAGGGUGGAGACGGGUGCCAUCCGUUGAGGGUGCAUUUGUGGUGAAUGUAGGUGACCUAUUGCAUAUAUUCUCUAAUGCAAAGUUUCCGGCUAUAACUCAUCGAGCUAUGGUGAAUCAAUCAGAGCAUCGUAUAUCGGUUGCUUACUUUCAUGGACCUUCAGCUGAGUCCAGAGUGGCUCCUUCAUCUAAGUUUCAGAAGCCUUAUUUUAAAUCUUUGCUUGUGAAAGAGUACUUAAGCUUAAAAUAUAAGCACUUUUUCGAGGCCCUGUCGUUGAUUCGAGCAUAA